UGUUAAUAGGAGAAGUUGCAGAGAAGAAACCCAAACACCCACAAAGCGUUUGAUAUCGUUGUCAUUCGCUUUCUUACGUUGCGAAAACAAUGAAAGCCUUUUGACCCUUUUCCAUUUUGUUGAUUCUUUUUUUUCUUGGCUUUCUGGUUUUUAUCUUUGUGGGUGUUUGCCUCCAUUAUCAGAAAGCUUGGAUCAUCGUGCAUACAAAUGAAAGACCGAAAAAGGAGAAUCAUGAAUAGGAACAAAAGCCAAGUUCAUGACUCUUCCUCCGUUGACAUGGAAAGCUCCCCUCCCAAACCCAUUCCCAAGAGGAUUUAUCAAGUUUGGAAGGGAAAUAAUAAAUUUUGUUGCGGUGGCAGAAUGAUCUUUGGCCCCGACGCAUCGUCACUUUUCUUAACUUCGUUUUUAAUUGGAUGCCCUGCGAUAGCAUUCUGCAUUAAGAUGGCUGUGAAUGUCACGUACGACGAUCCGAAUUUCAACCAUCGUAUAUUGUUUGGCGGACUCAUCCUCACUGUUUUGGAUUUAGGGUUUCUAUUUCUGACAUGUAGUAGAGAUCCGGGAAUAAUACCUAGAAAUUCACAACCACCUGAAUCGUCAGAUGAAUCAAUUUAUUUGUCCAAGAGUUCAUCACAGGAGUGGAUCAGUAGUAAAACUCCAAACCUUAAAAUCCCAAGGAUUAAGGAUGUAAUAUUGAUGAAUGGUCAAACGGUUAAAGUUAAGUAUUGCGACACAUGCCUGCUGUAUCGUUCACCGCGUGCUUCUCAUUGCUCCAUUUGCAACAAUUGUGUCCAGAGGUUCGACCACCACUGUCCAUGGGUGGGUCAAUGCAUCGGAUUACGCAACUACCCUUUCUUCAUUUGUUUUAUAUCAUCAUCGACAACCUUGUGCAUAUAUGUGUUCUUGUGCUCUUGGUUGAACAUACUUCGACAACAUUGCGGCUUGUGGGUUGCCAUAUCUCGUGAUAUGCUAUCAGUUAUUCUCAUUGUGUAUUGCUUCGUAGCUGUCUGGUUUGUUGGUGGCCUAACAGUUUUCCAUUUCUACCUUAUUUGCACCAACCAGACAACCUAUGAGAAUUUUAGAUACCGAUAUGAUCAGAAGGAAAAUCCCUUUAAUAAAGGCAUAUUAGGCAACUUCAAAGAAAUUUUCCUUUCAAAGAUCCCACCUUCAAUGGUCAAGUUUCGGGCAUGGACUUCAGAAGAUAAUGACCUUUCUGUUAUGAAUGACAAUGGGAAAGAGAAUUUUGAUAUAGAAAUGGGCGUUAAGCUCAACAUGGAUAGCACCACAAUUCCAAGUCUUUUGCAGGGGAUCGAUUAUGGUGGUUUUGAUGAUAACACCUUAAAAGUUGAUGAUCCACAUGAUUCCCCUUCAAUUUCCAAGAAGCAAAAUUUUCACAAUGAAACUUUGUUAUAGCUUAUUACAUGACCAAAUGGUUGUAGCUCCAUUGGACUUAUACUUGGUUGAAUAAAAAGAAGUGCUUAUAUCCCUUUGCUUCUUUCUAUUUUAUCAUGUACUAUUAAUUUUUCUU